AUGGGUGUUCACAUAACAGACAAUAGCCCUCCUUUUCCCAACCCCGGUGUCGUGCCGAGGGUUGCCAAUCUCCAUACCGUCAAGUUCGCGCCUCUUCUGGAUCGUAACGAGACGGAGUUGGCCAAACUUGUCGAGGCUUGUGAAAAGGAUGGGUUUUUCUACCUCGAUCUAUGUGAUAAGGGAGCUGAGCGGUUGUUUCAAAAUCUAGAGGAGGUUUCGGAUCUGGUCAAAAAAUGGAUGACACAGCCUCGAGAGCAGAAAUGCCGAACUGUCACAACUUCCUUGUCCCACGGGUACAAGCCAACAGGUGUCCAAUCCGGAGCAGUUGAGUCCCGAAAGGACGGGUUCGAAGUCCUCAAAGUCGGCCGCCAAGAGCUGCUCGGCCGCUGGGCUCUGCAGGAUGUUGUGCUUGAAAACCUGAAGCUCUUUGAUGACUUCAUGGCCAUGUCGCACUUCAUCCUCAAAACCUUGCUAGAGCACCUAUCCGAUGUUCUGGGGUUCAACGAACCAGAGACUCGUCUAGAAAGAUGGCACCAAGACCAUAUAGCCUCGAAGUCGACCUUGUAUUUCCUCAACUAUCCCGAAGAGGUCAAGAUCAAAGAGAACGGGUCAGGGCAGAACAUGCACACGGACAUCGGCACGUUAACCCUGCUGUUCGCCCCCCAAUGGGGUCUCCAAGUCCCAGGAGAAACCACCAAGGAGUGGCUGUGGGUUAAACCGAAGCCGGGACACGCUAUCAUUAAUGUCGCAGAUACCCUUCGGUUUCUCUCGCGCGGACGAUUCCGUUCCGCCUUGCAUCGCGUAUUGCCUAUCGAUGGACAGGUUGGGGAUCGGUUUUCCAUAUCAUACUUCUUGCGCGCAAACAAUAACACAGAAUUUAUGGCCAGCGAUGGAUCGAAUUCGAGUGCGAGAGAUUGGUAUUUCAAAAAGUAUGCUACUUAUGAGAAACCGCAUGAUGAGCAGAAAAGGGAGCCAGUCCUUACUGGUGGGAUGAGGGAGCUGAUCGGUGUGUAA